AGAGAGUGCGCAGGACUUUCGGAGCCCGCCUUCCUCGCCCAGCGCGGUCCUUGCGUCCUUCUUGCCGGGUGCUGCUUCCUGUCAGCUUCUAGUCGCCUGGGCUCCGAGCGCCGUUUCCUCCCGCGCGUCUGGUGCGCUGCAGGCGAGCGCCGGUGCCUGCAUCCUUGCAAGGCUCAUUUGCAGUCGCGGAUCCGAAUCAGGAGUUUCUAGAUCCCUGCUGCGUGGCCAGGCCCGGGGCUAGUGUGCACGAACCUGGGGGACCUCAUCUGAACGCAGAGGGCCCAGCAGAUCAACAACAGUGAAGCCUCACCGGCAGCGGGAGAUAAAUGCUUCCUUACUAUCUCAUGGGAGGCGGUUCAGGUUUCUUGUCGGCCUGUGGAGAAGCAUAGUAAAUAUUUGAACGAAUGGUGUUAGGGACCUGAGUACCAGUCCGGCCCUACCUCUUGGCUAAUGACCUCAAUUAGUUAGAAAGGGAAGAUAAAAGACUUUUUGAUUCAUGAAGAAUCUGCUCACUGAGAAGUGUAUAUCAAGCUACUGCCAAAUUUCCAUCAAAAGAGAAGUAAGCAGAGAAUGCAGAGGAAGGUGGACUCCAGAUAAAUCCCCAGAAGUGGAAUUGUGGAUUAUAUGGUCUUUUAAGGAUGGUGCAGUUAAGAAAACUUAUCUUCCAAAGAUACUGGCCAACCAGAAGUCUUCUGCCUUCUCUGGGAUGCGGAGUGAGAUACCCAGUGCCGGUCAUCCAGUUCAGUAUCAUGCCUCACAUGGUUGGACCCGAAGGAACCGGUUACAAGAGUUGCGUAUCAGAUGCGUGGCCAGAAAGUUCUUAUAUUUGUGGAUUCGAAUGACUUUUGGAAGAGUAUUUCCCUCUAAAGCCAGGUUUUACUGUGAGCAAAGAAUACUUCGGAAGGUCUUUGAAGAAUGGAAAGAAGAGUGGUGGGUUUUCCAGCGAGAGUGGAAACUCUGUGUUCGAGCAGACUGUCACUACAGAUAUUACUUGUACAACCUGAUGUUCCAGACCUGGAGGACCUAUGUGCAUCAGCAGCAGGAGAUGAGGGCCAAGUACAUUAGAGCCGAGAAGCAUGAUGCAAGGCAAAAGAUGUGGCAGGCCUGGAAGUCCUGGCUGAUCUACGUGGUUUUUCGUAGAACCAAACUUCAGAUGCAGACCACCGCCCUGGAGUUUAGGCAGCGGAGUAUUUUGUGGCUGUGGUGGAGCCAGUGGAGGCAGCAACUGGGACAGGUGCGUGUGGGCCAUGCCCUGCUUGCAUCAGCUGUGAAGCACAGGGCCCUGAGCCUCCAGCUGCAGACCUGGUCACGGUGGUGGGAACAGCUGCUACACGUCCAGAGGGAGAGACAGAAGAUGGUCUCCGCAGUGAAACACCGUGAGCACUGGGAAAAGUGGAAAUCCCUGAAGGCCUGGCUCAAAUACCUGAGGGUCCGCAGAGUGAAGAGACAAUGGAAUGAGAUGGCUGAGCGAUUCCACCGGGUCACUAUGCUCCAGACACACUUCUCUGAUUGGCAGUGGGCCUGGGAGCGGAAGGAGAGCUUGUACGCCCAGCAUGCCCGGGUGGAGGGGCUGGCCCGGAGGAUGGCUCUGCGGAGGGCCUUCACUCACUGGAAACACUAUGUGCUGCUGUAUGCCGAAGAAGUGGCCCAGUGGAAGGUGGCAGAAGAACACAGGAGGCGCAGCUUGCUGCACUUCUGUUUUCGAGCCCUAAAAGACAAUGUGACCCAUGCCCAUUUCCAGCAAAUAAGAAGGAAUCUCGCUCACCAGCAGUAUGACAUCACGCUGCUGCACAGGUUCUGGGACCUCUGGCAGACUCGGAUUGAGCAGAGAGAAGAGAGAGCGCAGCUCCCCUCACUGUGUGCUGCCUGGGACCGCUGCAGAAUAUCAUUGCUACGCAAGUGUAUCAGAUCGUGGUUACAGUAUACUCAGAAGAGGCGAUACAAGCAGCGGCUGCGGUCCAGAGCAGACAGUCACUUUGAGCAGAGAGUCCUGCCUGCAGCCUUCCACACAUGGAGAAGAUUCUGGCGUUGGCAGCAGCAGGAAAGUGUCCUCAAUGCGAGAGCAGCACGCUUUCACAGGGAGACGUUGGAAAAGCAAGUAUUUGCUAUUUGGUGGCAGAAGAUGUUUCAGCAUCGAGAAAACCGCUUGGCAGAGAGAAUGGCCAUCCUUCACUCAGAGCAGCAGCUCCUGCAGAGGUCCUGGUCCACGUGGCACCAGCAGGCAGCAGCACGUCACCGGGAGCGACAGUGGACAGCAGCGGCCUGGGCCCACCGCCGCCACCAUCAGCUCAGGAGGGCUUUCUGCAUCUGGAAGGACAGUGCCCGAGGCCUCAGAACAGAGAAGACCAGCCUGGUGCUGGCUGCAGAGUUCCACUCGGCUCGGAUCCUGCACUGGGCCUGGGGCAGGUGGAAGGAGGGCCUGGCCCUGCGCGCUGCCGAGCGGCGGAAGCUGACGCGCGCCCGCCUGCAUCACCGGCGCACCUUGCUGCGCGGGGCGCUGCGCACCUGGGCGACGUACCAGAGCCGCGUGCGGAGCGUCCUCCAGGAGGUGGCGGCCAGGGAGAGGCAGCACGGGAGGCGGCUGCUUCGGUGUGUGUUCCGUCGCUGGAGAGAGAACACCCUGGCCCGUGUGGCUGAAGCCCAGCAAACCUCCCGAGCAAGCGCUCACUACUGGCGAACCUUGUGUUCCAAGGUCCUGGUGCAGUGGCGGGAGGCUGCAUCCGUGCAGAUAUACUACCGACAACAGGAGGACUGUGCCAUCAAGGAGGCCCGGAAGGUGCUCGAUAAGGGUUGUCUCAGGACGUGGUUUUGGCGCUGGCGGGACCGAAGCCGGAGGGCGGCCGAGCAGAGAGCCCAGCUCAGGAGGGCGGCUGUGCAUCACGGCCGGCGGCGGCUGCUGCAGGCCAUGGCGCGGUGGAAGGCGCACCAUCUGGGCUGUGUCAGGAAGCGGCUCCUGCAGAGGCAGGGUGCCCAGCUCCUGGCCCAGACCCGCAGCCGGGCCUGCUUCUGCCAGUGGAAACAACAGCUGGCGAACAGGAGGCGCGAGCAGCAGGGCACAGCCCGGGCCCUGUGGUUCUGGUCCUUCUCACUACAGGCAAAGGUGUGGGCCGCGUGGCUGGGCUUUGUGCUGGAAAGGAGGAGAAAGAAGGCGCGUCAGGAGCAGGCCAUACAGGCCUACCACCGGCAGCUUCUCCAGGAGGGCGCCACGCGCCUCUUGCGGUUCACAGCUGGCAUGAAGGCCUUACGGCAGCAGCUGCAUGCCCAGCAGCAGGUGCAGGCGGCUCACAGUCUCCACCGUGCGGUCCAUCGCUGUGCCAUGCUCUGGAAACAGAAGGUUCUGGGCCAGGGCAGGGAGCCUCGGCCCCUCACAUGCACCAUGCCCAGCAGGAAAGUGACAUUUGACAGACCCCUUUCCACCUGUGUCGAGGCUGGGGCUGGGGAUGCCGCCCUGGAGACCAAGAAACCACAAGAUCCUCAUGGGCCCCGAGGAGCUUUGGGCAGCCUGUCCCUGGCUGCUGGGGACCCCUACCUCCUAGAGCUCAAUGCUGCCCGCUUGGCAAGAAAGCAACCUCGACGCCCACAUUUCCUGCUGGAGCCGGUGCCGAGCCAGAGGCCCCUGGGGUGUGGCACCCUCGGGGGGAAAGGGCCUGAGGCACCGAGGGCGUGCGACCCGGGUGUGGCCCAGCCUGCAGGCCCUGCCCUGAGGAGGCCUUUCCUGCCAGUGGCCUGGACAGCACCGGUCCCAAGCAGCGUCCUGCCCCAGCCCGGGGCCCUGCUGGGUCACCCUGGCCCGAAGCUGCCCCCCACGUUGAAUACAGGCCCAGAGCUGCUGCCCCCUUCGUCCUUCAUGCCAUGUGGGGAGCAAGCGCCUGCCAGGGCACCUGCACAGCCCACCACCCCUGGGCUCACAGCCCAGGCCUCGCCAUCCCCAGCCAGUGUCCCUCACUCCCGCCUGCUGCUUCCUGGGGACUUCACAGGCACCGGCAGGCGUGGCUCCGCAAGCGCGGGUGCGCAGCUGAAGCCUGUCAGCACCGAGGGUGCUCGGGCCACUCCCGAUGCCUGGGAUCCCUCCAUUCAGCCUUGGCCUAGCCGGGACCGUGGUCCAGAUCCAAGAGCUUGUUCUGUCACCAAGGGCCCCAUGGACCUGGAGGCAGAGCUGGAGGGCAUCCAGCAGCAACUGCAGGACUAUCAGACCAUGAAGCAGAACCUCUCGUCCUGUCAGCGGCAAGCAAGAAGCCUGCGCCGGUGGCUGGAGCUGAGCCACGAGGAGCCCAGGCCGGAGGACCAGGAAGCAGAGCGGCAGGUGCAGGAAGAACUACAGGAGGUGGAGCAGCAGAUUCAGCGGCUGGCCUCUGAGCUCCAGGCCCAACGCCAGCCCAUCAGCACCUGCAUCGCCCGCGUCCAAGCCCUGCGGCGGGCUCUGUGCUAGUCACUGCCCCAGGGAGGCCUCAGCCCACCUCCAGGAACAGAACGCAAGGCUGCAAUGAGUUUGAGUUUUAUUUUUUAUUUCAAAAUGUGGCAAUUAAAUGAAUUACUGGUCA